AUGACGAUUUACACCCAACAGAGUGGGAAGGUCCGCAUCCGCACAGCUCAACCUGCAACGUGUUCCCAUCCGAGCCUCUCCGAACUCGACGUUUCCAAUCCAGACGAAAGCGACGUCGACUUCAUUCUUCACGCCUUCGACUCGGCUUUGCCCUACCUGGCGUCGAUCGGGUCCGAAGCGCAGUGGGGCACUGUACCUUUCUCUGCCAAACCAGAGCGGAUCUCGCAGUUCACCCAAUACAUUCAGGAAGCGUAUGACCUUCAGAGCAAUCCUACCAAGGGUGGACCCGGGUGGCAGGACAUGUAUCUCUAUGAGGUUCUCACCGACGCUACGUGGACAAGAGUGGCAGUCGCAGGUCUGAGUGUUCAAUUUCCUGACUACGUUCCACUUGAUCUCGCGGAUGAUUCGACGCGCAAGGCAACCGAUUACGUCUAUCUCAAGUAUCUCGUCACCGACAGAAGAUCAGGCGGACUCGCCAAGGGUUCGGCAUCCCAGCUCAUGACGUUUAUCGAGACCAUCUCAAGAGACAUGGGCAAAAAGAUCUGCUAUGGAGACUGUUGGCGUGGUAACGGCGACAAUUUGCUCAAGUGA